AGUAGACCCUACCUAGAGCCCGGAUGAGAACGCCAGGUGCUCCGCAGGCAGGCCAACCAUCUUUGGCCACUGAUUUCGAGUGUUUCUUCAUGAAAUCUGAAAAGCUUCGACAUAAGGUGAUCGGUUGUCGAAGUCGAAGAAGUCUGGCAGUGCAGGAAGUUAGUGGCGCGCUUGUUGGUACCAUUUAAAAGUGCGCAAGUUGAUAUUAUUUUGAAAAUUUUCCUGUUUCUGAUCCUGAAGAUGUAUUAGACGCGAGAUUGAAGUCAAGUAGCCCAAAAUGUCGUCACCAUCACCGAUCACGUGUUCCAACUACGGAAGCAGAAAUGAGAUAGAUUAUUUGAAGAGCAAGAUGAAUGCCAGUCAGAGAGCGCCUUCGCCACAGUCUUCUGAAAACUCCUCAGCUGUCCAGACCAAGAUCCCGCAGUCCAAGAGGAAGAAGUCCACGGGUAUACACCUGAACAACCUCUGGUCUGUUUGGUAUGGAAUUCUAGGAAGCGGCAUCCAGGCCUACACUGUUGUUAAAGCAAUCAAAAGACUUCUGGGAUACUCUUUCCUGUACUGGCCCGACGACAUAUCACUUCCAUAUCUGGAGCUGAACUGCAGUCUUGGACUUCUGGGAGCUGUGGUUUUAUUGCUUCCAAUCUUUUUAGUCUGUGCUGUUUUCAAGGUUGGCAAUCUUGCUAACGAUGGCUUCAAGCUGGGUCGUCAAAUUGGAAUGUGUAGCAAGGAACCCCCCGCUGAAGUAUUGACGGAGGGGGGAGGAUGUAGCCUGUUCAAACAUGGGGGACCAACUGCUCCUUUUGUUCAUUUGGUUAUCGCCUUUUGUUUGUUGAUGCCUAAACUGUUGAUGGAGGCUAAAAUGAUCGAAGCUGGAUUUCUUUCGCAAGAAUGGAUAUGGAAAACAGACCUGGACUUCAUGGUCGUUCACAGAGACAGAUUGGUAGUUCUAAGUUUCAUGACCUCUAAUGCGACUGGAAAUGCACCGUCUUCUAUUUCCCAAGCGAGAAUAGUGUCUGGAACCAACAAACCCUCUCCCAUGGGGGUAUUUAGCCCCACAGCUGGAGUGCCGCUCAAUCAUAAUCCUGUUGCUCACACCGUUAUCAGAACACUCAAGGAUAUCAUUGGUCACGAUAACCACACCCAACAACCCCAUACUAGUGAUCCUGAUAUGGGACAUACGCUCAGCUUGGAAUACAUAAAUCUUGCCAUUGCUCUGAUGGUGUAUUCCAUUCGAUACUCAGCAAUAUUUUGGUCGACUAACAAGUGCCUAGGGAUAAUGUUUUCGAUACAAUUGCUCAUCAACAGUGUUCACAUUCUUUUGUCCUACUGUGGAAUGACAAUUCUUUACAAAGUUCAAGUUGCGGGUAUUUGGAAAUCAUUACCUUUGUUGAAACAUACUGGGUAUAGUUUUAUGUCCAACAGGUCAACCCCGUUUCUCUUGAACGCAGAGGUUACCUUAGGACUCUACCUACUUUCUACGCUUCUAGUUGUGGCCUCUAGUUUGAUUCUGUACUUCUACGGUCAUACAAGAUUCAACGAAUUCCUUAACCGAGAGUGCCAGCGCAAGAUAAUCACCCUGAAGAGGGAUAGCAUCCACAAAUGGAGCUAUUUCACCCACUGUGCCGCCCUAUGUGUUCUCAUUUCCGUGGGUAUAUGCUAUGCGCCACUAUUGCACGAUUACACGUUCGUGUACAAGGGCAGUUUAGACGACAUAACUUUGGCCUGUAUAAUAGGAGGAAUCUUGCAUCUGUUUUUAUGGGUGGUAAUUUGGCUGUUCCUAACCAUAAAACAGAGAUGGAUAUUCAAAUUGAGGGUUGUGGUUGGCAGAGCUAGCGUUAAACAGGCCAGGUCGCUAAGACUAAUAACAGACGUCGAUCUCUCCAGAAACCCUAGAGAUGCACCAGACCAACCUCUCUUGGUGGUAGCCAACGGAAGAACUUAUGGCGUCGUCGAUAUAUCACCUCAGAAAGCUAUCAUGAACAUUGUUAAGAAGUCCACAACUGUCAGAAGAGCAAUACAUCAUGACGCAGCUCCGAAUUUCGAAGAAGACGAGGAACAGAUCUACUGGCCGAGGCCAGCCCUAUCCAAUCAACAGCCAUCGCCAGAUCAAUCAAAACAGCUUUGCUGUUUCACGAAGAAAGAGAAGAACAAGGUCACCUUUAACGAGACUGCUAGUACGUCUAACAAUCGGAGUAAAAUUAAUGGGUCAAAAUCGAGGCGAAUACCAGGAAUGGACGAAGACGACGGGGAUUAUGCCACCCUAAGAGAAUUACCCCUUCCUCCUAAAAAUCGAACGAAUAAUAACGAAAAUGACACAGUAAGCGAGGAAGGAAAACUUUUGGCCUGUGUCCACGAUGAGAACAUAACUUACGCAAGUACCAAUCAAGAUCUGAAUCCGCCUUUAACAUAUGAAGACCCCAGCCCUCUUUUAACGCCAGAACCACUGCCAAAUACAUCCGAGCCAUCCAAUUCUGCAAUAAACAAUACUCUACAGUCUAAUUCCUCUCAAACGCCUCGCUGCCUAAGAAGAGCGGACUCCGGAAUGCCCCAUGAGGAAGCCAACUCAAGAUCGAACUCUAUAAGUACGGAAAGCUCAAGCUCUCCACCGGAACCUCCAGAAAGCAACCAUAGUGAGUCCUCUAGCGGCAUUCAUUCAAACGACAGUCGCGACCACAAGCAAACCCGAAGGGCAACGAGUGUUGUUGAUCUUAUGCAACCUCCACCGCGAGAAGAAGUUCAAUGGAAGAGUUUCUCAUUGCAAAGAAACGUACAACCGCCGACCUCUGGUGCGUUCAACGCAACUUCACCUCCGGGUAUGCCCACUGUUAGCGCUUUAGACAAAGAGGCCAUUCCGAAUGUCAUUCUUGAAGAAGGGGAGGACACAGUUAUCAUCAGAAGGAAAUCAUAUAGACCCACUGUGCCAGAAACGUCCCAGACUUCUCUGGAAACCUUCGGAAGGGCAACAAAUAUGCGGAUGGUCUCUUUCACCGAGAAGACCGAUCUCAGUAAGAUACAAUCAACUUCAGCAACGUUGCCACACUACCCGACGCAACCUGUUCCUAAUGUUUACCCCAAUUGUUCUACAAUGCCUCUUCCUCCUCAGCAUUCUAGUAUCCAAAGCAAUCAUAUGGGCUUAGGAAAUAGUUGCAACAUAUACCCAAGACAACACAGCACAAUACCUACCCACCAUAACGGGGUCACAGUUAAGAUGUACAACGGCACAACAGCACAAAACGCACAUUUCGCUAUGCAUAAUAGAUUACCCUGUAAACAAGAUCUUAAAGGUACAGACGUGAUAUACUCUAGGAUCUAUAGAAAUCCUAAUGUAUACCACCAAAGUUCAUAAAAAGUUUUUGAGUUCUUGUGAAACUAUUGGUAGUUGCUGUUGUGACUUGGUCAAUUAUUCUUUUAUUUCAGAACAGACAAGAGUGCCUAUUUUGUUUGCAGCAUCUUAAAAAAGUUUGUUAGUAAAAUAAGUGUUGCCAAAAGUGUUAUAAUAACAGUAGAUAAAAAGAGAAUUAUUUCCACUUUCCGAUAACAGCUUAAAUUAUCAUGACAUAAUAUUGAAUACACAUGAUUUACCAAUAGUUUCCCCUACGGACUGAUUAUACGAAAAGUCUAACAUACAAUAAAUCAGAAGGGUAUUUUAUUAAUAGAAGUUAGAUGCUAGCGAAAAAUAUGUUUUGGUCGCGUACUAUUUACCGAAAUAUUUGUAUAUACCAUUUAUAAUAUUUAUAAUGAAUUUGAUAUACAUUAUAUUCGUGGAAGUUUUGCAGAAAAUGAAAUAAGCUCACACGACCAAAGCUUCUUUCUAUAUUGACCCUUUACCUUUCCAAAAUGUGUGCUGUGCUGUCCUUCAUUCUUGCAUUUAGAUUGUAGUAUGUUUGAGGAAUGGAUAUUUGAAAUAUUAUUAUAGUUCGGAAUAUCUCAGAGAUUUAUAUAAUGCCGUAACAAGAUUCUAUAUUGAGUGAGAAAAGUUUCCAAAAAACUCAUGUUGGUUGUCAAAAAUAUUUAAAGACCAUUCCAUGGGUUCUUCAAUAAAUAUUUUUUUUUUUGCAUCGUAGUCCGAAUCUUUUUAUUUUAUUCGAGACGUCAUGAAAAAUUAUUCAUGUUUAACCAAAUGAAUAUACGAGGUUGUUUGGAAAAAAAAUAGUUCCUUGCGUUUUGGUUGUGUCCAUAAUCACAGUGAAAUUUAUUCUUAUAGUUUUAAACCUAUAUCAUAACAGAAGUGUUACCAUAAUUACGAAUUAUAUCCUCACUGUAUCCCAUAUGUUUAGAUCUGACAGUGCAAUAGAGUUUUCUAUUUGAUAAUUUGUGUCCUAAUGCUCGAAGAUAAAUCUAUAUUUAUAUAUUGAUAAAUGCUUGCUUUCAAUUUUUGAGUCUAGACCAAUUAUUUGAAACUAUUUAUCAUAUUCUGUCAGAUUGGAUAAUUUUUGCUUAGAAUAAUUUUCAUCGAUCAUAUCAAUAGUUUAGUAUUCAAAUGGGAGCAAUUUAACACUAGUAUUAUGUCUUUAAGAAAACUAAAAUCUCAUAUCAUUACAACGUCAAGGAUUAUUCAUGUUCAAUAAUGAAUGUCUUUUGUAUCGUUACCCCAUCAUUGAAAAGUCAAGACAUUAUUAAAGCAUUGUAGUCAUGAUCUAUAGUCUUAAUUUUGCUAUACAUAGUUUGAAUUGAAGGCAAGCAUUAAUAUCCUCAAUAUCUAUAUAAGUACUCCUAAAAAUUCUAUAAAUGUUAACUGUGACUUUAUUAAACUAAUAACAUUAUUAUACUUCAAUAAUAUAGAUGAAAGGUUGUGAUAAUGAGUGGGAUAUAUAUUUCUUGAAUUUUUUUGUCUAACUGCUUCUUUCAUUAUUAAGGAUAGAAAAUAUUUUCAAAUGAUUUGUAACAUGUUUUUCCUUCAUGUACACAUUUUUAUUCGCUUAACCCAAUUUUAUUACUUUCAUAAGAUUCUUUAGAAUUAUAGUUGAAAUAUCGGAUAUAAUAUAAUACAUAUAGCUAAAAGUGAAACAAUAAUGUAGACCUAGCUUUUUAUAUGAAACACUUAGUGAUAUAUACAUCUAAGUGUUACUAUAAUAUUGAAUUGUUUGCAUAAUGUCUCAACAUAAAAUGUCACUUUGGUAGAAUGCAUAUAAUUGGAAUUGUGCAGUUUUUAAAAAGUCAUCAGGUCAAAUGAGGAAAAUAUGAAUGCUCAUAUCAAAAUUAAGUGACAGUUUGUGUUGUAUUUUCCUUGAAAAUUGUUAAUUCAUUUCUAAAUGAUCUCUGAUUCAUGGUAACAUGAGUGAUUUUGAAUUAGAAAAUUCUUAAAUAAACAAACGGACAGGAAUCUAAGGUGAAAGGGUUACCAUGAAUUAUAUAAGUUAUGUUUUCUAGUCACUAGGUUAAUGUAAUUAUGUAAUAUAUGAUUAUUUAUUGUAUUUAAACGUUUUAUAGAAUAAAUAAAUAUACCACAUUAUUCAA